CUUGGACAUGCGAGAGGGUGGCCUACGGGUACGCGGAGGGGCCGUUGUGUCCUAGCCGACCGGGCACUCGGUGUUGGUUGGCGAGUGUCAAUGUUUGUCGGCCUAGAGGGCAUGCGGGUCGAGGGUACUUUGGCUUGGCCUCGUGGGCUAUAGGCAAGACGCAUCGACGUGGUCCGGGGCCGGGGCGAGGCGGGCGUUCAUGCAAGGCAAGCUCGGCAUGGACAUGCAUGGGUGACCUGGAUCUAUGGGUUAUGGGCAUUGGUGACCAAGUGGGUGAAGCUCGCUUAUUGAGGCAUACGGGGCUAGUCGUUGGGACUCGUGAUGCCUGUCCGCUCAGCGAGUAG